AUGUUGACCGUGAGAGACGAGUGGCGGGAAACCUCCUUACGCUGCCUUUUAGCGUUUUUCUUGGAGCUGAACCACACGCGCUGCCAGGAGCGGGGCUAUGGGGGCAUGAGCUCUUGCAGAAUAGGGUGCGUUUCUGUGUUUGGGGAAAGAAGGCGCGCACCCACCUUUGCCGUGGACGACGGCGGCGGCUCCAGCACCCCCCCUGGCGCUGGAGCUGAGCGUGCUGCCCCGCAGGAGAAGGACCUCAUCCACAAGCUGUUCAAGGUGUUGGCACCCCGUUUCCAGCCCCACCCCGGCAGUUACACCCGCCUGCUGCAGAUCCCCAACCGGGAUGGCCUUGACCGCGCUAAGAUGGCGGUCAUCGAGCUGAAGGGGAACCCAUUCCCGCCGCUCAUCCGCCCGCGACGCGACACCGAGAAGACGCUGCUCAACCAGCUCCUGAAAGGCUACCGGGAGGGCGUGCAGCGGGCGGCAGACCCACGGGCCCCCGAAGUUGACCUAGCAUCUUGUUGA